AUGGGGGCCCCCCAGGGGGCCCCCCUAAGGGAGGAGGAGAGAGCAGCAGCACUGCAGCAGCAGCAGCUGCUGCUGCAGGAGUUUUUACACCCAAAAGAAGAAGAAGAAGAACCAUCAGGCAUGAGUGACGAGGAUUUUUACAGUACUUUGGGGCUUUCUGCUGCUGCUGGUCCCCGUGAGGUAUGUAAGGCCCUUAGUGCCUAUAGAGAGCAGCAGCAGCAGCAGCAGCAGCAGCAGCAGCAGCAGCAAAAGGAUAUAUAUCCUACUCUUUAUAAGAAAUGGUUAGAAAUAUUUCAGCAGCAACUGCAGCAGCAGAUGCAGCAGCACGAAGCAGCAGAAGCAAAAAGAGACACAUGGAGCAGCAGAUUCACAAGGCUGCUGCUAGGAGGAGACACUCUUGCUGCAGCAACACAAGAUGAUCUUGCGCAUGCACCUAGUGAAUUAGAUCCUUCUUAUGCACAAAGUGUGGGGCUGCCAGCAACUUACGGUAUAUUAGCAGCAGCAAUUAGGGAGCAGCAGCAGCAGCAGCAAAAUAGUCCAAGCUUCCUGCGCAGGUUAUUAUACAGCAGCAAAUAUUUUAUUCCCUUAAUAGGUGUAGGUUCCUUAGUAGAGAGAGCAGCAGCAACAGCACUAAUUGCUGCUGCAGGGUUUGCUGCUCGUCUUAUGGAUGGACUGUCUCCUUAUCCACAGCAGCAGCAGCAGCAGCAGCAGCAACAGCAGCAGCAGCAGCAGCAGCAGCAGCAGCAGCAAGUGUCUCCUGAUGAACUGUCUUCUGAUGAGGAGACUGAUGAGCAGCAACUUCCUCCUCAGCAGCUGUCUCCUAAGCAGGCAUUAUUUACUCCUUGGUUGUCCCUAAAGGGACUACUAACAGGGUCUGUUAUUAGUCAAUGGUGGUUAGCCUCUGCAGUGUAUAGACUGCAUGCAUCUGCUGCUGCUGCUGUUGGAGAGAAGGAGUUGCUGCUGCAGCAGCAGCAGCAAGAGUUACUGCGUCGGUACCGUGAGCAGCAGCAGCAGGAGAAGGAGGAGCAGCAGCAAGAAGGAGGAGGAGGAGGAGGAGGAGAAGAAGAAGAAGAAGAAGAAGGGUAUAAUAUAAAUAUACAAGAAGGAGACGAAUGGCUAUUUGAUGAUCCUGAGUACCCUCUUGCUCUUAGAGACCAUUAA